AUGCGCAACGUACUUUUGCAGUGUUGGCAAUGCGUUCAGAAAUGCAAAUAUGGCAGUACUGCAAAUGCAUCGCGUUCCAAAACGCCAUUUUUGUAUCAAACGUCACGCAUUAUUUGCAGGAAAAAUUUUAAUACUGCCGCUUAUUACGCUAAUAUGAUGUCUGAUGAGAACGAUUAUCUAAGUACAUCGGAAGUAAAGUUGCUUCUCAGAGUCCGACUGAGCAUGGAAAGUGAAUGUGCUUCAGGGAGGAGGAAAAAGAUCUUUUUGCAAAUCGUCAACAAAUCUAUCAAUUGCAUCACUUGUCACAUUGGCAGUGUUGCCAGCGCUGCAAUUACUGCGCAUUUAUAA